UAAGGAAUGGGGUAAUCUAGUGUGUAGGAGGAGUUGAGGACAAACAGAGAGGGAUACUUAAGAAGGGAUUAAGGGAAAUUGAGUCCUAGGAUACCAAUAACUAAGGAUGGUGUUUCUUAGGGCUGUUUGUGUGGUAACCAUGAUGGUUACCUUCCUAUCCAGAUACUGUCAUUCCCAGCAGAGUUCUACUGUGUGUGGAACCUCUGCUCUCAACUCCAAGAUUGUGGGGGGUCAGGAUGCUCAUAGAGGGAGUUGGCCUUGGCAGGCCAGUCUGCACAAAUUUGGCAGCCAUUUUUGUGGGGGAUCCCUCAUUAACAGAGAGUGGGUGCUGACUGCUGCUCACUGCUUCCAAAGCACUAAUAGAUUCCGUUUGGUGGUCUACCUUGGUCGUCAGAACCAGCAGGGUGCCAACCCUAACGAGGUGAGCCGGAGAGUCACUAAGAUCAUCCGCCACCCAAACUACAGCUUUAUGACAAACGACGACAACAACAACGACCUGUGUCUGCUGAAGCUCUCCUCCCCGGUGUCUUUUACCAACUACAUCAGGCCAGUCUGCCUAGCUGCACCAGACAGCACCUUCUUUGCAGGCACUACUAGCUGGGUCACUGGCUGGGGCACCACUAGCAGCAGUGGAGUGCCCCUGCCCUCACCACAACCUCUACAGGAGGUGUCUGUGCCAGUAGUGGGAAACAGGAAGUGUAAAUGUAUCUAUGGAAGCACCAUCACGGGUAACAUGAUCUGUGCUGGACUGUCAGAAGGAGGAAAGGAUUCCUGUCAGGGGGAUUCAGGAGGCCCGAUGGUGAACAGAGUGGGUACUCGCUGGAUCCAGUCUGGCAUUGUGAGUUUCGGAAACGGCUGUGCCCAGGCAAAUUACCCAGGAGUGUACACCAGAGUGUCCCAGUACAAGACCUGGAUUAACAGCCAAAUCACCAGUGACCUGCCAGGCUACGUCACCUUUUCCUCCAGUGGUGUAGAUUCUGACCUCAGUUUCAAAUGCAGAAUUUAAAAAAAAUAAAUGGUUGCGAAGCAAAGUUUCUUGCAAUGUCUACUGUAAUAUAAAUAAUAAUAAUUACUUGGAAUUCUUUUUAAAAACCUUGCCAAUUCUACUGCUAAU